GUAAGAUGGAGGCGGAUGAAGAUCAUCAAAAUCUUUCCCUAAUGAAGGCUACUUCAGCUAAUGCUAGGGUUAUGAUUAUGGAUUUCUCAAAAGUCAUUUCUAGAGGAUAUUGGUUUUAUCUAUAUAAGGCAAGAACCAGUAUAUGGAUGCUCAGCAAAAAAUUCAGCAGACUCAUGUGUCGGCUCAAAAUUCAAAUAGGGAGUCGACAAGUACUUCUGGUUCUUCUUUACAGGUUUUUACUGAUGCUGCCAUUGAUGUUCGUGGACAAAAGCAUAGUUAUGGUAUUGUGGUGGCUAAUGAGUCUGGUGCUGUCAAAGCUGGUGUGGCUAAACCUUGUAUUGGGAGUAUCCCUGCUGUUCUGGCAGAAGCUAAGGCCAUUUAUCAUGCUAUUCUUUGGGUGCAGUUACUUCAUCUUCCAGUGGAUACCUUAAAGACUGAUUGUAAAACUAUAGUGGAUAAACUUAAUCAUUGUAAUUGGAAUGCUAGUCCUCUGGAUGAUGUGUUAGUAGGUAUUAAAAACUUAUUAUCUUUCAGUCCUAACCUGAGAGUUGAGCAUGUGUAUCGAGAGUCUAAUCAGUUGGCUCAUUGGGUUGCAAAAUUUGGGUUAGGACUAGAUAAUGAGAUUGUGUGGAAUGGUUCUUUGCCAUCCAUUUAACUUGUAUGCUUUGUAUUGCCUGGUUCUUUUAAUGAAGCACAAGUUAAUUUCAAAAAAAAAAAAAA